UCUGUGGACUGGAGAGAGAAAGGCUACGUAACCCCUGUGAAGGAUCAGGGUCAGUGUCAAUCUUGUUGGGCUUUUAGUGCAACUGGUGCUCUCGAAGGACAGAUGUUCCGGAAAACUGGCAAACUCGUGUCACUGAGUGAGCAGAACCUGGUGGACUGCUCUCGGUCUCAAGGCAAUGAGGGCUGCAGUGGUGGCCUGAUAGAUUAUGCCUUCCAGUAUGUGAAGGACAACGGAGGCCUGGACUCAGAGGAAUCCUAUCCGUAUCUUGCAAGGGAAAGUGAAUCCUGCAAAUACAGGCCUGAGAAAUCUGCUGCCAAUGUGACCACCUUCUGGCACGUCUUAAACAAGGAGGAUGGUCUUAUGACCACGGUGGCAACUGUGGGGCCGGUCUCUGCUGCUGUAGAUUCAAGCCCGGAUUCCUUCCAGUUCUAUAAAAAAGGCAUUUAUUAUGAUCCAAAUUGCAGCAGUGAAAGCCUGAAUCAUGGUGUUCUGGUGGUUGGCUAUGGCUUUGAAGGAGCAGAAUCGGAUAACCAAAAAUACUGGAUUGUCAAGAACAGCUGGGGUACAAACUGGGGCACGCAGGGCUACAUGCUGUUGGCCAAGGACCGGGACAACCACUGUGGAAUCGCCACCAUGGCUAGUUUUCCUGUCGUGUGA